ACUGCUUUGGGUGCUGUAUUUUCUGUUUUAACUACCGGCGGAAACCUGAUGGUUAUGGUAAGCUUCAAGAUGGAUAAGCAACUACAGACGAUCAGCAAUUAUUUUUUAUUUAGCUUAGCUGUUGCCGAUAUUGCAAUAGGGAUAUUCUCGAUUCCACUGAUGACUUACUAUAUGGCAUCAGGUGUAAUUUGGAAAUUCGGGUAUACCAUGUGUCAGUUUUGGCUAUGCCUUGAUUAUCUUAUGUGUAAUGCAUCUGUGUUAAAUUUACUUCUCAUUUCGUUUGAUCGUUAUUUUUCUGUUAUACGACCUCUCACCUAUCGUCCACGGAGAACGGCAAAAAAAGCUUUGACGUUUAUAUCGUUAACUUAUAUAAUAUCGUUGCUAUUAUGGCCGCCGUGGAUUAUCAGUUGGCCUUAUAUUGAAGGUAUUGUUUACCUAUAUGAUACCGGUAAAUGUGUUAUAAAAUUUUUGGAAACAAAUCAGUUUGCAUCUAUAGGUACUGCAAUUGCAGCAUUCUACUUACCUCUUGCAAUAAUGAUUUUUUUAUACUCUCGUGUUUACUAUGAAACGAGGAAACGUCAAACUGAUAUGAGAAAACUUCAAGCUACGCAGGUAAUUAUAACUUUUCGGUAUAAAAACUUGUUAAGUUUUAGGGUAGAAUGGAAAAAAUCGUAUUUUCGAAGUUGUAUGGGCAAAAGUGUAUCCUCGGAAGACAGUAGCGAUGCUAUAGCUGGAAAUGCCGACGAAGCAUCACUGACGAGCAGUGUAGUGGCGACAAGGGCCAAUUCCUUAAGCCGGAGAACUAAAAAUUCGCCUAUUAACAGCCUUUAUCUUCUUUCAAAUCAUGUCAGCUUUUCGAUACUUUUUACUAUUUGUUCAUUUUACGAUUUGUUUGUUUUGCACUUUUACUGUUACAUUAUAGACUGUGAUUAUAUAUUUAUUUCCUGUUGUAGCAGAAAUUCUCGACAAUUGGGCAAAGAUGAACAACGAAAAGCUGAAAAGGAAAAGAAGAAGAUUGAAAGGAAACAGGAAAGAAAAGCUGCUAAAACGUUAUCAGCAAUUUUGUUGGCUUUUAUUAUAACCUGGACACCAUAUAAUGUUGUGGUUUGUUGGGAAGCGCUAUACAAAGGUUCAAUACCAGAGGUGUACUUUCAUAUUGCUUACGCACUGUGUUAUAUUAAUUCAACAAUUAAUCCGCUAUGUUACGCACUAUGCAAUGCAAGAUUUAGACGAACUUAUUUACGGAUUUUGAAGGGUAAUUGGCGUCAGGAACGUACAACUGUUAAUCAAAACGCAUUUUUUCGUCGUUGA